GGCAAUUAUGUAACUUACAUACAUCUCCACAGAUAUAAGACAGGUCCUUUUCCAACAUUGAACUUCAGCUGGGUGUAUUUCUGCCAGACUGCUAGACUGCCAGACUUAUCGGAUCUGAUCUGCCAAAGGUGACUUCAAGUAAUCUACCUAAUCUAGGUAGAACAUUGAAAGUCUAAGGCGACAAGAUGCAACUUACUAGCGUCGCGCCCGCUGCUGCGGCUUUGUUAUCGGCCUUACUUAUUCAGACUACUGUCGCUGCUGAUGACACCGCUUUUAUCACGGCGUUGCCUCACGCUGGAGCAGCUACUUCGGAUGUAUAUCCUCCAGAGGGCACUACCGUUGAUCCUGAACUUUUCCCGCCUGAGUCUAAAGUUGGAUUUCCGGGGCCAACUCCCACUGGAGUUCAGCCAGCAGCUAUUCAAACAGCUGCCACUUAUCCCCAUAACCGAGGACCUUCAAAUCAGUUUCCUCUAGUCGCGCCCCGGCCGCAUGGCAAUAGCGUGACGUCGGAUGAGUUCGACAUCACCAAGUAUUGGGGCAACCUGUCCCCUUGGUAUUCUUUGUCCUCGGCCGACUAUGGGCUACCAGAUACCAGCCCGCUCGCUCCGCCGGGGUGCAGCGUCACCCAGGUGCAUUUGCUAUACCGCCAUGGUGCUAGGUAUCCUACCAGCGACGCAGACCCCGCUCAGUUUGCUAGCAAGAUCGCGAAUGCUACCGAGAAAGGAUUUGAGGUUCGGGGAGACCUAACCUUCUUAUCUGACUGGACGUACAAACUUGGUGGCGAGCUUCUCACCCCCUUCGGUCGGAGUCAAGAGUUCCUUCUCGGCAUCCAGCACCGCCAACUGUAUGGCCAUCUCCUAAACAACUUUACCGAAGCCGGUACCAUUCCGGUUUUCCGAACUGAGUCGCAAGAUCGAAUGGUGAAGACUACCGAGAACUUCGCGGCCGGCUUCUUUGGUGUUCCAGAGUACCUGGACCAAGUGAACAUCGAGAUUCUUGUUGAAUCUCCCGGAGUGAAUAAUUCCGGCGCUCCCUAUUAUGUUUGCGACAAUGCCAACGUUGCUAGUCGAGGCUAUAUCGGGACCGCGAUGGCAAACCGUUUCGCGAAGAAUGCCUUUAAUACGACUAUUGCUCGUCUUAACUCCCAAAUCUCGGGCGUUGAGUUCACCGUAAGCGACGUUAUAUCCAUGCUUCAACUCUGUUCCUACGAAACGGUCGCGCUUGGCUACUCCGCCUUCUGCCCUCUCUUCACCCAAGAAGAUUUUCUAAACUACGAAUACUUCUAUGAUCUUGAAUUUUACUAUGAGUGUGGUCCUGGCUCACCGGUCUCCGCCGCUCAAGGAAAGGGUUAUCUACAAGAAUUUGUUGCUCGAUUUACUGGGGAAUAUCCCCAGCCGUCUUCAGCUCUAAAUGAAACUUUUGAUAACUCGACCACGUACUUCCCUCUGAAUCAGUCUAUCUAUGCUGACGCCACUCACGAAGUUGUGGUUCUCGAUACCCUUGUCGCCUUCAAUUUGACGGCGUUGUUCAAAGGGCCACCGCUAAGUGCUGCGGGAAACCAGAGGCAGAACAGUUUCUCGUCUAGCAAGUUGGUACCAUUCGCAACUCACUUCACUGUCCAGGUUCUCGAGUGCCCGGCUUAUCAGCCUACUAAACAGAUGAGAUUCAUUAUAAAUGAUGCCGUCGUCCCUGUGGCAGACUCGUACCCGGGUUGCCCAGCAGACCCGCAUGGGCUCUGCUCAUUCGACAACGUAGUGUCCGUCCUCAAGGACCGUAUUGACGAGAUAGACUUCAACUACGACUGCUUCGCCGAUUACGAGGCCGAGGAGGGUGUGGAUUAUAAUGGUAGAGCCCCUCGGAGCUAGGGCCAUCUACUGCAGGCGUCAGUACCACCAAGCCUGCAGAGCGAAGAAGUUAUGCUCGUCAUUUGGAAAGUCUGUCUCGUGUUAGGAACACUCCUCGUGAUGGGGUACCAAUUUUCAAUUGGAUAGUACCAACGUAUCUAGGUAACUACCUAGGUGUGUAGGUUUAUACAUCGGUAUGAAUUAUACGACUAUGAUGUCUCGUCAAAAUCAUGUGAGCGGAUAUGAUCGUUACGAGGUUGGGGAAUGAGUAUUAUGGGCAUCAUCAUUUAUUUCUUGGGGAUACCUAGAGAGAUCUAAGGGGUAGGUGCAACGGCACACUUCACCUUCACGACGGUUAGCGACAAUACCUAGUAUGUCAUAGGUAUCUCAUACUAGUUCCUUAAAAGCUCUUGGCUACAUAGUGGCUAGCAUAACUCUAUACAAUCUAAAUAUACCAGAUCAUUGAUCCUUUAA